AAACUUUCGAUGUCCAAAAAAAAUCCAAUUUUCCUUCUUAACAAAAUUAGAGAGAGAAUGCACAAAGAGAGAAGAAAGAGGCAUCGUCAACCUCUACCAACUCUUUCUUCCCCAAAAUUUCCACUCAGAAAAUCAAAAUCAUGGGUGGUUUUGGAACUUUCUUCAAAACCCUACUAAUUACAUUCUCAGCAGCUUUAAUCACUUACAAUGUCAUAAUCUCUGCAAAUGUGCCAUUAAAGCUCGAUUUCCCAGGUCCCAAAAACCCUUUUUCUUCAUCAUCUUUACUCUAUUCUUCAGUUGACCCAGUUAUCAAACUUCCUAAUAAUAGAAAAUCUAAUCUGGGUUCAUCUCAAAAAAGGUUAUUUCACACUGCUGUUACUGCUUCAGAUUCUGUGUAUAAUACUUGGCAAUGUAGAGUGAUGUAUUAUUGGUUUAAGAAGUUUCAAAAUCAACCUGGUUCUGAAAUGGGUGGGUUUACCCGGAUUUUGCAUUCGGGUAAACCGGAUAAGCAUAUGGAUGAGAUCCCUACUUUUGUUGCUCAGCCUCUUCCUGCUGGGAUGGAUCAGGGCUACAUAGUUCUCAACAGACCUUGGGCAUUUGUGCAAUGGCUUGAGCAAGCAGACAUCAAAGAAGAUUACAUAUUGAUGGCGGAGCCAGAUCACAUCAUUGUGAAGCCUAUACCUAAUUUAUCUCGUGAUGGGCAAGGAGCUGCUUUUCCAUUCUUUUAUAUCGAACCUAAGAAAUAUGAAUCAGCACUCCGGAAGUUUUUCCCCGAGAGUAAGGGACCAAUAACACAGAUUGAUCCCAUUGGCAAUUCUCCUGUCAUUCUUGCAAAGGAGUCUCUUCAGAAGAUAGCCCCCUCUUGGAUGAACAUUUCAUUGGGAAUGAAGCAGAAUCCUGAAACUGACAAGGCUUUUGGCUGGGUUCUUGAGAUGUAUGCUUAUGCUGUGGCGUCUGCCUUGCAUGGUGUAAAGAACAUCUUGUAUAAGGAUUUUAUGAUUCAGCCUCCAUGGGACACAGAAGUAGGCGAGAAAUAUAUCAUACAUUACACUUACGGAUGUGACUAUGAUAUGAAGGGUAAGCUAACAUACGGAAAAAUUGGAGAAUGGAGAUUUGACAAAAGAUCUUAUGACAAGGUUCCACCUCCAAGAAAUUUGACACUACCGCCACCUGGUGUUUCUAAAAGUGUGGUGACGCUUGUGAAAAUGGUGAAUGAGGCAACAGCAAACAUACCUAACUGGGAGUCAUAAGGAACAAGACUUGCUCUGGUACUGUGAUAACAUUGUAGUGCUUCAGAUAACUUCUCUGUUUGAUACAACAUAGAUCCAAAUAUACAGAAUCAAGAAAAUCUUUGAUACUAAAGAAUUGUCUGUAUCUGCAUUCCUUUCAUCUACCCCAACCCCCAUAACUUUAUGCUGUCGAGCAGUCGAGCUACAACAUUUUGAGUAAGAGGUAUUACCGUAUUAGUGCAUAGGUUUAGUUGUAAAAACUGUCUGAAAAUGUUUGGUAGAGUUUUGUGUGAAUAUAGCACAUUUCUUGUGCAAAUCCACCUUGAAUUAUAUUCUAGAUUCUCUUAAUUUUUU